GCGACUGGACUGGCUGUCAUUUAGCUUCGGUCUGCUGUGAGGAUAGAAGGACAGCGGUGAAGAAUUGCGGUGGCAGAGAAAGAAACGCCGAAAUACGAACAGAACUGACGCCACAAAACAAUGAAACCGGUAGAUAAACACAUUUCAGUGAAAGCCGAUUGAAAUAGCUAGUGCUAGCUUCACUGAAAUACAAGGAACUACCGAUGACGUAAAAUUUGUUUGAUAAAUAAGGUUAGCAGCUAGCUAGCUAGCUGGAGAGAAGGUUGUGUCAUUGAGCAAGCAGGACACGUCAAGACGGAAAAUAUUGCUAGCAAGCCACGGGGUUUAUUUUUUAUGUAACAGAAUUAUAGGGAGGCAUCACUUCUCGAGAAAUUACAUAGUAAUUCAAGUCUCUGCUGUUCAUUUGUGUGGUAAAUAUAGCAACGGACCUCGUCGGGGACGUCGCUUGGACGACAAGGGUAUAAAAAGGAAAUAAAGAAAGCGGAAUAGAAUAUUGUUUGGGAAAUAUAGCUAUUGGAUAACAUAAAUGGGGGAUUACGGGUUUGGAGUCUUAGUACAAAACAACACUGGUAACAAGUCCGCUUUCCCAGUAAGAAUUCACCCACAUCUGCAACCUCCGCAUCAUCAUCAGAAUGCGUCUCAGAGCCCCGCAGCUUUUAUAAAUAACAACACGACAGGCACCGGCAGUAAUGGUGGGUCAGCCUGGCUGUUCCCCGCAGCUGCUGCGCACAGCAACAUGCAAGAUGAAAUUCUUGGGUCAGAAAAAACUAAAACCCAGCAGCAACAGCAGCAGGAAAUACAAGAAACGCAAGAAAAGCAGCAGCAGCUGUCUCCCGGCCACCAGGAGACUGGCAUCAUAUCCGAGCUGGAGAAGGCGAGGUCCGAGGAGGGGAAGGGGGAGAACGGCGCUGCGGAGAACGGCGCUGCGGAGAACAACAACGGGAAGGAGAAACUGCGCAUGGAGUCACCAGUGCUGACCGCCUUCGACUACCAGGAGACCUCGGGCCUGGGGACCACAGCCCAGUCUAGCACGUCCUCCUCCCUGACCGGCUUCAACAACUGGUCCGCUGCUAUCCCCCCGACCCCGUCCACCAUCAUAAACGAAGACGUCAGCUUCUUCAACCCCGCCGCGUCCGCCAACAACGGGCCGCUCCUCUUCCAGAAUUUCUCGCACCACGUCAGCCCCGGGUUCGGGGGCAACUUCUCCCCGCAGAUUGGGCCCCUGUCCCAGCACCACCCCCCGCACCCCCACUUCCAGCACCCCCACAGCCAGCACCAACCGCACCGGCGUUCCCCCGCCAGCCCCCACCCGCCCCCCUUCCCCCACAGGAAUGCUGCUUUCAACCAGCUGCCCCAUUUGUCGAAUAACCUGAACAAGCCCCCCUCGCCAUGGGGCAGCUACCAAAGCCCCUCUCCCACCCCCUCGUCCACGUCCUGGAGCCCCGGCGGGGGCUUCGGCGGCUGGGGGGGCUCUCAGGGUCGAGACUACCGCCGCGGGCUGAACGGCGGGGUCACCCCACUCAACUCCAUCUCCCCGCUGAAGAAGACCUUCCCCAACAACCACAUGCCGUCGCAGAAGUACUCCCGCGCCAACCCCGGCUUCAACCCCAAGUCCUGGAUGGAGGAGGGCAUGAGCAGGAACGACAACAUCUUCCCCUUUCAGGAACGCACCCGAUCGUUUGACGGCUUCAACAUGCACUCGCUGGAGAACUCCCUCAUCGACAUCAUGAGGGCGGAGCAGGAUUCCUUGAAAGGGCGUUUGGGAUUCUCACACCCUGGGGGAGACAGCCCUUUGCCCAUCAAUGCAAGGAAUUAUGGGAGACGACGAGGUCACUCGUCCCUGUUCCCCAUGGAGGAUGGCUUCGUCGACGAUGAGCGGGCAGAACAGGGCCUCCCCGGGCUGGGCUCGCCCCACUGCUUCCCCCACCAAAACGGGGAGAGGGUCGAGCGCUACUCCCGCAAGGUGUUCGUGGGGGGCCUCCCCCCCGACAUCGACGAAGAUGAGAUAACGGCCAGCUUCCGCCGUUUCGGGCACCUGUUCGUGGACUGGCCUCACAAAGCGGAGAGCAAGUCCUAUUUCCCCCCUAAAGGUUACGCCUUCCUCCUGUUCCAAGACGAGAGCUCCGUUCAGGCGCUGAUCGAUGCGUGCAUCGAGGAGGACGGGAAGCUGUAUCUGUGCGUGUCCAGCCCCACCAUCAAAGAUAAACCGGUCCAGAUCCGCCCCUGGAAUCUGAACGACAGUGACUUUGUCAUGGACGGCUCCCAGCCCCUCGACCCCAGGAAGACCAUAUUCGUGGGAGGGGUUCCUCGCCCCCUGCGAGCAGUGGAGCUGGCGAUGAUCAUGGACAGGCUGUAUGGAGGGGUGUGCUACGCGGGCAUCGAUACGGACCCGGAGCUGAAGUACCCUAAGGGGGCGGGGCGUGUGGCCUUCUCCAAUCAGCAGAGCUACAUCGCUGCUAUCAGCGCCCGCUUCGUGCAGCUGCAGCACGGGGAGAUCGACAAACGGGUGGAAAGUAAAGCAUACGUGCUGGAUGACCAGCUGUGUGACGAGUGCCAGGGGACUCGCUGCGGGGGGAAGUUUGCGCCCUUCUUCUGCGCCAACGUCACCUGCCUGCAGUACUACUGUGAAUACUGCUGGGCCGCCAUCCACUCCCGCGCCGGCCGGGAGUUCCACAAGCCCCUGGUGAAGGAGGGCGGAGACAGGCCCCGACACAUCUCCUUCCGCUGGAACUGAGCAGGGUGAGGGGAGAGGGGAGAGGGGGAGGGAGGAGACUGAGAGACCGAGAGACCGAGAGGA